AUGUAUGGAAGUGUUGGUCAACUUGGUGUUAGAAAUGCCAUUCUUAUAAUCGUUCAGUUAUGUUUUGCUGGGAUUUUUGUGAUCUGUUUGGAUGAACUUCUUCAAAAAGGAUACGGUUUAGGGUCUGGGAUUUCAUUGUUCAUAACUACCAAUAUCUGUGAAAGCAUUAUCUGGAAAGCAUUCAGCCCUACAACAAUUAACAGUGGACAUGGUGCUGAAUUUGAAGGAGCAAUGAUUGCAUUGUUUCAUCUUCUAAUCACUAGAUUUGAUAAAGUUCGAGCAUUAGGUGAAGCUUUUUAUAGGCAAAAUCUGCCUAAUGUGACUAAUCUGCUUGCUACUGUGUUGAUUUUCUUGAUUGUUAUAUACUUUCAAGGGUUCCGUGUUGUUUUGCCUUCUGCACUUGUUUCUAACCUUUAUUUCAUCUCUCAGUUGUUGCACAGAAAGUACAGUGGGAAUUUCUUGGUUAAUAUGUUGGGAAAACGGAAGGAGUCUGAAUACUCUGGUCAAUCCGUUCCAGUUGGUGGUCUUGCUUAUUAUGUUACUGCACCUUCAAGUUAA